GACAGGAUUUGGGGACUUUCGAUUAUUCUUUUACAUUAUACGACGCCACUUUGUAUGUACAUCGUGACACUCGCACUAUUGUGCCUCCUGUUGCUGUAGGAGUGUAGGCUUUCUUCAGCCUCAGGAGAAGUCGCGGAAGGUCAUACUCAGUCAACAUAUUUAUCGCUCUUCAUACAACUGGUUACCGUGUAUUCUUGAUUGAAUUGUUAGUCAUCUUGAUCUUCGUCUCGUCUUUGAACAUUUGUUACCAACAACAUUUUCAGGAAUUUCAAAGAACAAAAGAAUACCCGUCCUCUUCGUACUCGUUCUCUGUGUACAACGACGCCUGCCGUUGUUCUUCUUGCAGUCACCUUUCGACAUCCACGUUUACCACUUUGCAUUUCGCAAUCAUGGGUCGUUCACGAUCCCGCUCGCCUUUGCGUAAAGGAGGUCGCUCCCGGUCCCGUUCGCCUCGACCGCGUGACGCUAAACGAUCUCGCUCACGGUCUCCAAGGCCUAAGCGCGGCCGUUCUCGAUCGCGGUCGCGACCACGUGACAGGGAGCUGCAGCGAGAACGUGAAAGGGAGGCUCGAGAACGCGAAGCCAAAGAAAGACGACCAAUUUUAUGGGAUCGACAAAUCUUAAGCUUAUGCGUCUUACUUUUGCUUUGAGACGUUUUUGUUCGUUGUGGCAAUGCUUGGCAGUACCGUAGCAGUUGCGUCGGUAGCAUCUCCUCUACAAUAUUUGUGAUUUUAUUGCAUUCUGUGAGCCACCUCCAAAUCUCACUCCAAGUUCCUCCAAACCUCUUCAGUCGCUUCCUCGUCUAAUAUCCGAAAAAAGCGAGAAUGAUGUGGAAGCGGAGGUCACUUCGUUUACUAAGAAUGGUUAUUUCGGUUUCAUCCGGAUGAAAGCGGGAGUGAACAAAAAUAAAGAAAUCUUUUACCAUGGCAGCAACGUACAGGGCGAUCCAGAAAGGGUCAUGAUACCUGGACAGCUGGUACAAGAUACAGAUUGUAGUUUAUUGUCGUCCUCUUAUUACUUUGACUUAGACUUUGUUACCUAGUUCUUGUGGUGAAGUUGUAGUGUUCUUCUCAGUCGAAGUAGAAAGUCAAUCGCUCUAUUAACAAGAACGAUAGUGCAACUUCUGGAAUUCUUGGAUUGCGUUACGACGAACUACUGCGAAAGCAUUUGCCAAGGAAGUGCCAAGAAGUAACCGGUAGGCACUGCUACUACGUGCGCAUCUUCUUCAACGAUGCCACUUCCGACACCGCCUCAGGUCAUGGCGAAUAUCCUUGCCCCAGCGGAUAGCAGGUGUUCCAGGGAUGCUCGGAAGGGAUUACAAGCUAUUGGAAUCAGGCCCCUGACUAAAGCCGAGGAAAAAGCUUUGAAAGUUGAGGCAGUUUCUCGUAAAGAUGGCACGAACGUUGAUUGAAAGAUGAUUGAGUCAGAAAAACAAUGCUCCUGAAAGAAAGAGAUGAUGAUCAGUGAAGCUACAAGGACUUUCAUCCUUGUGCGAUAUCUUCGCUUUUCUUUUGUAAAAAUACCUUCUAGAAAAUGCAAGCUCUAAGAAAUACAGACAAGCUGAAGAAAAGGCAGCGUAUUGGAAACAACUGGACGCUAACAUAGCAGAUCGUAGAAAGGGAUCACCGAAUGCAGACCAACUGCCUGCACUUAUGUCCGAAAGCCGCGCCUCUAGCGUGUAGUUGAAGACAUUACUCGUCAGUUACAUUCUUUAUUUAUACGUAUAAUAAAAACGUUUUCAUCAGUCUUUAUCACUCAUUUAUUGGUAGUUCUAAUUUUCAUACUAAUCACCGUCUCGCAGUCCUUUCAUCUUUACUAGCAUCUAAAUAGCAUCUAAAUCUAAUAAAGCUGGAGCAGGCUCCUCAGGGAAUGGCCAAUGUGGUGCGCCGCAACAGAGUGGAGAAGAAAAACUGACGCUGAACUUGCCAUCCCACACUCUUUCGAUUGCAGGUGAUGUGGAGCAAGAAACAAAUUACAUCAGUAAUCCAGUAUCUCCGUGGUCGGGUCCUAGUCGCGCAGCACCUGUCGCGGACGUCGACGCAGAUCUUAAGAAAAUACUAGACUAUGUGGAUCAUAAGACAAUACUAGACUAAUCGAGCACUCAAAAUAAGCGAAUUACUGACUGAAAUACAAGAGCAUUGACUACAUUCCUCUUCUUUUAGUAUCUCCCUUAUUGUACUAAGUAGUUACUCGCAUAUCUCAGUUUUUCGAAUACGUAAAUUGAAGAAAAAAGUGCGUUGUCUACCUUGGUAGAUUGUCAGUGAUUUCUUGGCUCAACUUAAUACAAUAUGAUCAAAGAAGUGCUCGCCUUGGCGCCGGAAAAUUGGAUAGGAUCUCAUCUUUUGUAGAUCGCGGCCGGAUUUUAUGUUCUUGGAGGAAAGCCAUGACUCUAAGAAUGUUGACGCGGAACUCGACGCCCUGCUGUUGCAAAAGGGGGCCCUGGGCUCUGCGCGAGGAGGUGGCCUCGAGGGGAUAGCCUCUUGUCUCAACGGAGGCGCUGCAGCUGCACCUCCCAGGUUGCGGGAUGAUAGUAUUAAGGCUCAUCGCGAUGAUUCCCUCCCUUUCGUCUCAGUCUCACAGGUGGAAAAUAGUUGGUUUUUGUUACGUCUCUGUCUUGGGUUUGGUUUUUUCUAGGACCGAUCCUCCACGUGGGACGAUCGCGAAGGUCUACCCAGAUGAAAACGAAUUAUCGCGAGCCAGCAGCUCUUGUAGCUCGUCUAAUUGUGGGGGCAGGAACGCGACCAAUGCGCACGCUUUCGGGAGGAGUGAGCGCAUUCGUUCUCGAAGUCCUCCACCUAGCAGAAAUCUGGAACAAGACUACAGACACAAUCCUGGCCCACGUAUCGCGAGCGGAACCCCAGGACUGUCACUCACCUACGGCCAAGGAAGUAGUGUCUUUCCUGCUCCGGGUUCCACCAUUAUCAACAAUGCUGCUGAGAGCUACAGUGCAGCUGGCGGAGGUGGAGGACACCACAAUGGCAGUCGAAACGGCGGUGGUGGUUCUGGUGGUGCUGGUACGAGACAAAUAGAUAUACUUGAUCUCCGUGAUCUCCGCGAUCAUCGAAAUCACGUUCGCGAUCCUAUUUUGUCACUGCUGAAUGGAGGCUCGUCGCACCAAGGAAGUCCCAAUCUUACGGCUAGUUAGUACCAAAUGGGACCGUGGGCGCAUCAUUUUUGUACUUAAUGCAACGUCAAGAAGACUCAAGAAUGAGCAUCAACUACAUUCAUUGUAUAUUGGCUUAAUUUCGUUUUGAGAAGAUGUUACGUCCUUUAUUGGUCUUCGACGGUCCACCUCAUUAUAUAGCUAGGUCGGCUCCACCACAAAUAUAUUCUUGGCUUUUUAAUUGGAGGUACUAGCCUUUUCUUCUAAUACAUGUGUGAGAGUGCGCAGCCCAUCGUCUCCGAUUGAGCGAAGGCCCCCUAUCAACCGUGACCAUGAAUGUGAUCAUAUUGACCACGCAUCGAAUCCAGCAAGAGGACGCACAGGAGAACAGGGUCUGAGUUUGUUAUGCAAGAUGGAGCCGUCUUGUCUGAAGAUCAUAAUCGUAAUCUUCCAUGAGAAGUACUAGAUCACUUACUUAUGUUGAGUGUGGUUAUCUAAGUCUAAGACAACAUGAUACCGUGGCGACUAUCAGUCAGCGUUUUAUGCUUGAAUUGGUGAUAAGUAUGCAGAUCCUUGUCGUUUUCCUUGUCGUUGUUCAACAUUUCUUUCACAGCGCGUGUUAUCAUAUUUCUAGUCAACAACAUGAUCAUACAACAAGUAUUGAGUCAAGUAUUGCGUGGUUGUACGUCUAAAGGAGCAAGAACACGUCUUGAUAAUUCACCUGCUUUGUCUGCUUCAAAUCUUACGACACAACAAGACGCGUCUUUUACUUUUUCUUCUUCAGCAUCUAACACUUCUAACUAUUCAGACGACAAGAGCAGAUAAUUAUCUUCUACCUAAACCUAUUCAGACUAUCUUCUUCCUUCAACAUCUAGCACCAUUUCUAAAAACUCAUGAUGAUCAAUAUACCGACGACAACGCUCUUGCAGAAGCGCUGGACGAGGAGGCUAUCAUAUUGCGGGAUCUGGAGGAAAGUAUGGACAAGAGAUGCAAUUUGUUGGAAGCUGUUGGCCUCAUUGUUAAGGCUAGUUUGAUGUCACUAGUCCACUCCCGGCAGCGGGCAUGAUCCGUGGCUGCUUUUUGGUGAUACUUGAUAGUAUAUCGCUCGGUUUGCUUGCUCUUCUUAGAAGGUACAGGCAGACUGAAACAACUUCUCUUUCAAUAAGUUACUUUGAAACACGAGAGGUUCCAUGACAUGACAUGACAAGCUAUGCUGAGUGGAAUCCCAUCCUUUGACUUCUGAAUGGGGAAAGAAGCCAAGGGGGAAAAAGGGGAAUCCACUGAACCAGGAACAGAUGGCGAAAUGAAACUAGCGCCCGCUAACAUUGACAACGAAAGACGUCGGAUGGAAGAAGCGCUGCAGAGAGUUUGUCAUCUUAAGGCCACCUGGAAUGGUCCAUCUCUACAGGCUUUCCUCAUCAGUAGUACAUUUUUUAUCCAAAUAGAUACAAAGAAAAUACGACGACGCCAACGCAUAUGCUCGAAGGAUCUUCUAGUGACCAUAGGAAAUAUUCUAAUAUUCGAAUUCGAGUCGAAAAAUACAGACGAGGCAUGCCGGUCGCCGGCCAUUUCUAUACGGAACGUGACCUCCGAGACGGAGGUGACAGGUCACUGAUCCUUGGAGGUAAUAGAAAGGCAGACCACGAGUUUUUAAGGACAGGAGAUAACAGAGAGGCAGAAGAUCAUGAGUUUUUAAGGACACAAAACGUAGAUUGCAACAGUAGAACAAGAUUGAAGUCGUGAACGAUUUCUUCAAGAAUUAUAGUUGCCAUAAUAUGAUAGACGACUCCAUAGACGUCACAUAAGUAGACUGUCUGAGACAGUUUGUUGAUCUGCUCCAUGAUCUAAGAACCACCUUUGGCCGCGAGGAGCUACCGCCUUUAUUAACGGUGUGGGAAAUCCAGCUCCAAAGUCAUCUGGAACAAGGAGAAAACAAGAAGAAAAACCGAGCCAGAUGAUUCCUGAGAUGGAUUUCCUAUUUACCUCUAACUCUACUAGGUGAUCGCGAUGGUGAGCAUUCGUCUCGUUCUCGUGCUGGACCGUUUCGGAAUAUCAAGCCUCGUUUGCCCCCACCUGGAAACCAGAGCUCUCCAGGAUGGGAACAAGAUGCUAGACCCCGUCGCGAUAAUCCUGGCCAACCCUUGUUCUUAAACAAGGACUUUCAACUAGGAUCUUCUGGAGGACGUCAUCUGCAACAGGAGAUGAAUCAAGCUUCUUCGGAUGUACUUAAGGCUCUCAAGAAGAAAUCAUGGGCGAGUCCUUUUCUUCUACUGUUUCUCUUUCUAUUACGUAGUAUAAAGAUCGUUUAGUUAUGAGUUAUAGAUCGUUUACUUAAUUACGUCGUGAUGGUGAAUCAUCGAUAAAUAGAACGAUUCCAAGAUCAGAACUGCAGUAAAAUAUAUGCGACCCGAUCCACGUGGGCUGGGUAUCUCAUCAUCCUCUCUCCCUGGGAGGUUACCUCUUGUUUGGUAAAUCUCGCCACUGUGGGUGGAAGUGUCCUCUUCUUCUACUGUGUCUCUUUCUAUUAUGACGAACUAAGAAAAUGAACAAUUUGGAUUUUUUUCAUUAGAAGAUAGAAUUGUGACGAGUCUGAGCUCUAAUGAUGGUCUUGAGUUUCGGCCGAGUGAUCGUCUUGGUCAUGAGGAUGGAGGUGGAGGUCGUGGAGCUCUCACUUCGCAUGAAGAAGAUGUCUUGGAGAGACGUCUGCCCCCCAGUCGAAGCGAACAUCAACAGGAUGGAGUCGUGCCUCGCUCCGGUAUCUUGUUCAAUGCAGAACAAUAUAAUAACGCAUCUAAUCUUAAUCAUUUUCGAAGCGUUGCUGAGCAGCAGCAAGGAGCCCAACCUCAAGCAAGAACUGGCGCUGGAGCUACAGACCAUCAGCCGCGUUUGAACGACAGCGAUCUGAAUCGUAUGGUCGUUGAUGAUCAGCAGGGCCAACGAGAUGGUCUAGGCCUGUUUGGUCCUCUUGGUCCUCCUUCUCGUUCCGGUCCUCCUUCCCGUUCCGUUUCUGACAACUCAGGUCCUCCUGAGGGACAACUACAACGUACGACCACAAGAUCUUCUCCGGCGAUGAAAAUGGAAGAACCAGGAACACAAUUGCGCGACGUGAAAAAACAAUCCUCGCCAGUCUUGCAACAUCAAGGUGGUCAAGGUGUUUUGCAACUACAAGGUGCUCAAGGUGGUUUGCAGCAAGGUUCUCAAGGUGAGCAACAAGGACUUCGUGAGCUGCACCAACAUCAAGGAAACAUCCAGCUGCAUCAACAAGGAACUUCAACAAAAGAAGCAGGAGCUCAGCAACAAGGAGUCGAGCAACAGCUUUCGUCUAAAGAUGUUCUUGUCGAUAGCGCCACUGCAGCUCUUAAGGCCUUAGACUUUCGAUAAUGUAGGAGUGUUGGCUCAACAUCGUCAACAUGUUGUUGAUUCUGCGUGACAACUACGGGAUUGAUUAAUAUUCUCAGGGAUUUUCCAAUAUGACCCACGACCACGUCCUCAGGAUCAGGAUAUUCAGGGAAGUUUCUUUCUGUUUCUCAUGUGGGUGCAACCACGUUUUGUGGACUUCUUCUAAUGUUACCACCACCACUGCUAAGAGGAAUUCUACGACGAAAAAGGAAGAACAGGAUGAAGCGAAGCCGGGAAAAAAAGUGUGCAGUAAAGAAAUAGAAGACUUGUUUUUUGCGGGAGACCAGGAGAAUAUACCACCUGGUGUUUCUCGGGGAUAGAAAGUGUACUUAUAGAAGAACAGGCGUAGAAGAAUCCUGGAGUGGAAGAUCGAGGAUAUUAGAUCCUAUUAAAGGAGAAGACGCUGACGCAACUUAUGAUUAACCGGUUAUCGCAAUCGCAUCAACGUCAACUAAGUUCUUUCCCGUAUAUCAUGGAUUUUUGGAAUGUUGGUUGAGGCUGACGUGUCGUAGUUUGAUCAACAGAGUUCGAUACUUCUUUAUGCAAGAAUGGUAAUUGUGAGCGUUCUCUUCUGUAAGUAGUAAAUCGUGUUGUGCCUCCUGUAUAUUUUUUCGAUGAAGAAAUAGAGAAAUAGAGUGCUGGAAUAUGCGUUAUGAAAAUCAACGUUCGUCCUUUUAAGUACAAGCGGGCGGUUAUAAUCUAUCAGUUUUUGAACUUGAAGUGGUGGUCAUACAACAAUUUCUUAUGUUUUCCUAGUAGGAGCUGCACGAGCACCAGAACCAGACGGAAGUACUGAAAACAGCUUACUAAUCUGCAGCUCAACAGUCUCGUGACUUUAAGUGGUCAUCAACAUACCUUAUAUCAUGUAGGCACGCAAGACGAAGAUCAAGAAUUACGAAGAUCUAACAUACUCAUGUCUAUUGCCGUAUUAAUACCCUUUGAAGGUCCUGGCGCUUCAUCCUCCUCAUCAUAUUUUAUGAUGAGACACAACUUUUUUUCUGUGUUUUUCAUGCUUUACCUCCCCCACCAUAUUAACCCUUCACUGUAGUUACACUUGUGGUAACCCUUAUCACUCCUUGGGUAGAGUCUUGCCUCCAUGCUAUGCUGGUAUCCAUGUGCUCGAAGCAAGCGUUGAUGUUCUCUGAAGAUUUGAGUUUUGAAU